AUGGCGCCACGCAUCGAGGCUCAGGAGAUCGAGACGUAUUGGAACAUCUUCUCAACCAGGACAAAUGGCGGCAAGUAUCUUACUGGUGAGCAGGCGGCGCCGGUGCUCAAGAACAGUGGGUUGCGGGAUGAUCAGCUAGAGCGCGUGUGGGACCUGGCCGACGUCGACAACGACGGCAACCUCGACUUUGAGGAGUUUUGCGUUGCCAUGCGCAUCAUCUUCGACCUGCUAAAUGGCGAAUACACCGAUGUGCCCGCCUCGCUGCCGGACUGGCUCGUGCCUGAGUCCAAAGCCCACCUCGUGCAGGCGAGCCGGGCCAUAACGGGCAAGGCCGUGCAGUUCGAGCAGGUCGAGGACGACGACGACUCACCCGGUCUCAAGGAUGGCUUUGACUGGUACAUGAGCCCAGCCGAUAAAGCAAAGUACGAGCAGAUUUACCAGGAGAACCGGGACAUGCGGGGCGAAGUGGCCUUCUCUUCUCUCGAAGACCUCUACGAGUCCCUCGACGUGCCAGACACCGACAUCCGGUCCGCCUGGAACCUGAUCAACCCAUCGGCGGCGCCGUCGAUUAACAAGGACGCCUGCCUCGCAUUCCUGCACAUCCUCAAUUACCGCCACGAGGGGUUCCGCAUCCCGCGGACGGUUCCGGCUUCGCUGCGCGCCAGCUUCGAGCGCAAUCAGAUCAACUAUCAAGUCGACAACGCGAAGUCGCGCUGGGCGACCAAGGCGGACGACGAGACGAGCACGGGCCGCAAGGCCAAGUUUGGCGACCAGUACCUGACACGCCUCGGGAGGAGCGGGUUCAAGACGGCUGGGACCGACUUUAGCUCGGCCAAGAGCGAUGCCGAGUGGGAGGAGGUGCGGUUGAAGAAGCAGCUCGCCGAGCUGGACGAGAAGAUUGCCAAGGUGGAGGCCGCCGCUGAACGGCGCAAGGGCGGCAAGCGCGACUCCAAGCCGGCGCUGGUCAAGCGCGAGCUGGAGCAGUUACUGGACUACAAGCGCAAGGAGUUAAGGGAUCUGGAGGAGGGCAACGGCAAGAUCAGGACGGGAAGCAACCUCAAGAGCGUGAGCGAGGACCUGCAGACUGUGAGGGAGCAGGUUGAGGGGCUAGAGGCGCAUCUGCGGACGCGGCAGGAGGUACUAGAGCAGUUAAGGAGGGAGAUUGAGGACGAGAAGGCGGGGAGAUAG